CAGUCGUAAUGGUAAGAAUACCUCUCAUUAUGUAUCGCAAAUUGUUAGUAUUUCUGGUUGUAAGCAUCUUCAAUCCGCACGCCGAUACCGCAGCUAUAGGCUGCGAACCACCGGAUCUCUUCUUGUGCUCAAACAAAAAAUGCAUUUCAUCCAUCUUCCGCUGCGAUGGGGAAGAUGAAUGCGGUGACGGUUCCGACGAAACGGGUUGUGAAGGCUACCAACUUCAAAACCUUGAAAUGAUUCGUUGCGCUAUAGACGAGUUCCAAUGUUCCGAUAUUCAUACUUGUAUACCGAUAGAAAAAUUCUGCGACGCAAAAGAAGAUUGUUCCGAUGGCAGUGAUGAGUACGAUGGUUGCGUAAAAGAUGUAAAUUGCGACGCAUUCAAAUGCAAAGAUGGCCAUUGCAUAAGAAACGAAUGGGUUUGCGACGGUAUCCCAGAUUGCCCGGAUAAGAGCGAUGAAGAAAAAUGCGAGAAUUACAUGAUACCAGUCGAUGAAUGUAACAACGAAUACGAUCGAUAUCUGUGCAAAAAUAAAAGAUGCAUUUCUCUGAACGCAACCUGUAAUGAGAAGGAUAACUGCGGAGAUAAUUCAGAUGAAGAUAUAGAUGCAUGUAUCAAGGCUGAUGCAUCGUGCAAGGAAGCAAAGUGUCAACAUAAUUGCAGGAAAACACCUGAAGGUGCUCAAUGUUCGUGUCGACCAGGUUACAAGUUGGUGAACAACCAGACUUCAUGCGAGGAUGUGAAUGAGUGCGACCAUUACGGAAUUUGCGAUCAAGAAUGUAUCAAUAGCGUUGGAUCUUACACAUGCUCGUGCCAACCUGGUUACAGUCUGAAUGAUGACAAAAGAACUUGUCAAGCCGAAGGUGGCGAAGGUUUGAUGAUGUUUUCAAUUAAAUCUGAAAUCCGUGGUAUUUAUCUCAAUUCUCGGUUGUAUUAUCCGGUGACUCAAAAUUUGCAACACGCCGUGGCUAUUUCUUUAGACGCGAAUAAUGUAUACUGGUCCGAUAUCGAGAACGGAAACGAAGCGAUAAUCAAAAGUCUAGAGGAUGGUUCGCAGCGAGAGGUCAUUGUUACAGCAGGUUUGAGCAGCCCCGAUGACAUGGCAGUAGAUUGGGUAACAGGUAACAUAUAUUUCACGGACGGUGGUUAUAUGCAUAUCGGAGUUUGUAACAAUGAUGGUUCUUAUUGCACUGUUAUAAUAAAAGAACAAAACGAUAAACCGCGAGGUCUUGUUUUAUUGCCGUCCAGUGGUAUAAUGUAUUGGUCCAAAUGGGGCAUGGAUUCAUGCAUAUUAAGGGCAGGAAUGGAUGGAAAAAAUAACACUGUGUUAAUCAGCAAAGAUUUAGAAUUGCCAAACAGUUUAUCUAUCGAUUACGCGAAUGAAAGAUUAUACUGGAUAGACGCUAAAGCAAAAGUAAUCGAAUCGGUACGACUGGAUGGUACAGAUCGAAAGGCCAUAUUAAAAGAUAUAGCAAAGAGGCCAUUUUCAUUAGCUGUAUUUGAAAAUAAGUUGUACUGGAGCGAUUGGAUAUCUAAUACCAUACAGUCAUGUGAUAAAUUCACUGGUAAAAAUUGGGAAGUUUUAGUGUCUGCAAACAGUACUAUUUAUGGCAUACACAUAUAUCACUCUGUUUUAAAACCCAAGAUGCCAAAUCCCUGCAAUUCAAGCCCUUGUUCUCAAUUGUGUCUAUUGAACUCAGCGAAUAGCUAUACUUGCGCUUGCACAUUGGACAAAGAAUUAAAUUCUGAUAACCAUACGUGCCGCGCGGUCAAGAAGAAGACGCAUUUAAUUAUCGCAGCAGGAAGCACAUUCAUAGACUAUUAUCAUGAACUAUUGGGAAAACCGAAAAUUACUACCAGCGACACAUUAAAUCACGUCACUGAGGUUGCUUAUAAUCCUCUUACUGGUGGUUUACUAGCCAGUGAUCAGCUAAGGGACAACAUUUUCCAUUUUAACAUGCAGACUGGUGAAGAGAAAAGCAUGAUGUCUAUUGAAAACGAAAUACUAGGUGGAAUGGAUUUCGACUACGUCGGAAAUAAUCUGUAUUUGUCGGAUGUGAAACACAAAACUAUCGAGGUCCACAGCCUGAACAAUAAUGAGAAAACGAUCUUCUACUUCCAAGACGAGCCUUACGAUAUUGCACUUGUACCUGAAGAAAGUAUCAUGAUGGUCGUAUUCAGAGCAAAUGAAUUGUAUCGCAUAGACCUGAUGAACAUGAACGGUCUUGGUCCGAGAGUCACGAUCGAAGGAAAUAAGACACAUUUAAUUGGACCAAAAAUAUCUUUGUGCUACGACAGAGUUCUGAAACUAUUGUUUUGGAGUGAUCAAGGCACUGGUCGUAUUGGUAGUACGACCAUUCCGGGUUUCGAAACAUAUAUCUUCCGCACUGGAUUACCGGAACCCGUGAGUCUCACUGUUCUUAGUGACUAUGUGUUUUGGACUCAAUAUAAAUCGAACAAAUUGUAUUGGACCAACAAAAGCAACACGCAGCAAUAUCAGAAGCAUACAACAUUAGAAGUACCUAAAGACUUGAAUAGAAUGCAGUUAAUAAGUUUACACCAAACGUACGUAAAAGAGCACCAGUGUCGCAACAACAACGGAAACUGUUCUCACGUGUGCCUGUUAUCUAAUGCUGAUUCAUAUAUUUGUGCGUGUCCACCCGACAUGAUGCUGAACGUAGAUAAUCGAACGUGUACUCUUCAAACUGCAUGUAAUGCUGGCGAAAUAAAAUGUGGAGAACACGAUAUAUGCAUAAAAUCCCAUCAAAGAUGCGACGGAAUACAGGAUUGUCCUAACGGUGAAGAUGAAUCAAGUAUUUGCGAUGAACACCAUUGGUCAAGGUGCAAGCAUGAGGAUCAGUUUCAAUGUAAAAACGGCGACUGCAUAAGCAAGACGAAACGUUGUAAUUCCCACUACGACUGUGUCGAUCGAUCGGAUGAGGAAGGCUGUGAUAAAAAGGAAUGCGACUCCAAUGAGUUUCAAUGUCACGAAGGGGCUUGCAUAUCGAAAUAUCUCGUGUGCAACGGACAAAGUGAUUGCACCGAUUUUUCGGACGAACUUAAUUGCGACAAGCACAAGUGCGAUGGCGAUGCCUUCGCAUGCGAAAUCGGGACUUGUAUACCCAAAACGUGGAAAUGUGAUGGAGAGGCUGACUGUCCAGACGGUUCCGACGAGAGCGAAACAUGCCAAAGAAACGCGUGUCCAACCGAGAUGUUUACCUGUUCCAACGGUCAUUGCAUCGAUUUAAUGCUGAAAUGCAAUGGAGUCAGUGAAUGCGAGGAUGACAGCGAUGAACAAUAUUGCAAGGACACGGGUAACAGAAAUUAUGUCAAUUGUACUGUAGAUCAGUAUAAAUGUUUCAACACAGAACUGUGUCUUCCGAAGCAAGUCAGAUGUAACGGCGUUACAGAUUGUCCAAAGAACGACGAUGAACGUAAUUGCCCUCGAUGCCAGAAGGAAGAAUACGUUUGCGACAAUCAGAAAUGCAUCGAUAAAAGCUGGGUGUGCGACCGGAUAGAUGAUUGUGGGGAUGGAUCGGAUGAAAAAGAUUGUGACGGUGGUAAUUCGAAAAUAAGUGGCAUCAGCACGAAUUUUAUUUGCAAAGAAUUCAAAUGUUCCAACGGUGCCUGCCUCCCCUUUGCCAAUGUGUGCAAUGGAAAAGUAGAUUGUUCCGAUCAAAGCGAUGAAUUCGGGCAAUGUGCAACUGCGUGUACCAAGUACAAUCCCUGCACAAAUAUGUGCCACAAAACACCCAUUGGUCCCGUCUGUGGUUGUAGAAAUGGAUAUCAAUUGAGUAACGAUUUUAAAUCCUGCGAAGAUAUUGACGAAUGUAAAGACAAUGUUUGUUCACAAGUAUGUCAUAAUACUAAUGGAUCUUUUACUUGUUCAUGCCACGAGGGAUACGUCAUUCGAAGCGAUAAAACUUCAUGCAAAGUGGCUGGAUCACAAAUGGAAAUAAUUACUGUUUCUAGUGCUGAUAUCAGGAAGUUAUCACCAAAUUUAAAUUCAAUUCAAGUUAUUUAUGAAGAACUAAACUCUGAAAUAAGCGGUAUUGACGUGAACACGAGGGAAAACACUAUCUAUUGGAGCAAUGAUAUCUUGGGUAUGGUAAGUAAAAUAAACAUGAAGACCAAGGAACGACGAAAGACUGUUACCGGCCUUGGCAGACCGGGAGCUCUAGCUGUUGAUUGGAUUACCGACAACGUAUACUUCAAUGAUAAUGACUAUUUUAGCAGUAUUCGGGUAUGCAAUAUAGAACAGCAGAAGUGUGCUAAAGUAGUACCAAUCCCACUAAAAAACCAAGCAGUCUCUAUUGCCGUCGAACCAAAAGAAGGGUGGUUGUUUUGGAGCCAAACUUCUUGGGCAUCUUACGAUAGACCUAUGACGGAAAUAUAUCGAUCCAAUACAAUGGGUACUAAUAUAACAGCGAUUGUACAUCGAGAUCUUGGUAUUGUCUUUGCGUUAACUAUUGAUUAUACACGAUCCAGAUUGUAUUGGUCAGAUACGUUUCAUAAAAAUAUUGAGUCCUCGAAUUUAGAUGGUUCUAAUCGUAUUAUAGUUUUAAACACAGAUAUUCAUCAGGCUUUGAGCAUUAGCAUAUACGAGGAUUCUUUAUAUUGGUUGAUGAGUACAACUGGUAAAGUAAAAAAGUGCAAAUUAUACGGUGACAAAUCGUGUGUUACGAUUACCAUUGGUAUUUCAAAUAUCGACAAGUACUUUAUUAUUUCGCACCCAAUGAGGCAACCUAUUGGAAAAAACACUUGCGAGAGACAUAAAUGCAGUUACAUGUGUGUUUCGGGAAACAACGGACCCGCAUGUAUUUGUCAUAAUGGAUAUCCGAAAGAUUCCAGAAGUACUUGCAUGGAAAACACAAAUAUAAAAAUUAAAUUUGAUACGAGAAUAGCUGGCCGUAGAAACGAAAGUAUUCGUUAUCAACACGGGACCCUAAUUGGUGUAAUAAUUUCAGUACUAGCAUGUAUCGUAGUUGCGUCAGCCUACUUUUAUUACCAAAAAAUUAAACCACGCUUUUCAAAGAAAAAUAAUCUCAGUAUCCAUUUCCAAAAUCCAUCAUACCAGCAACGAAAUGAGUUCACACCCUCGCUCAAUUAUAUUUCUGGUUUACCACCUGGAGAACAUGAAUACGUUAAUCCGAUUAUAGAUAUACAAAAGAAUCACAAUGAAAAUAUACCAGAGAAGGGCAAAAAACAAAUGGUGAAACUUCUCAAUUUCGAUCAAUCAGAUGACGAAUCUAAAGAAUCUACUAAUGGACAGGAUAUUCGUUUAAUAUAGUAUAAUAUAUAUUAACUUUUGCUAAAUUAAAAUGAAACUCAAAUUUAACUAUGUACAUAAUUAUUUACCUACUUUAUAAAUAUUUAAUAAUAUGUAAAACCUUCAUGUAU